UUCAUUGCAUUUAAACUUGAACAAAUUUAGAAUUUUGAAAAGCUUUUGGAAUUACGAUUUUGGGAGCUCUAAAGCUGGUUAAUGACAUACAUUGUCAGGGUACACUUCCUAAUGGACAAGAAAUAGCUGUGAUGAGGUUAUGGAGGAAAUCUGGACAAGAUGCAGAGCAAUUUAAGAAUGAGGUUUUAGUGGCAGCUAAACUUCAACACAAAAAUUUAGCAAAGUUGAUGGGAUUCUGCUUGGUAGGAGAAGAUAAGAUGCUCAUCUAUGAAUUUGUCUCCAAUAAAAGCCUUGACAAAUUUCUAUAUGAUCCAAAAAAACAAGCACAAUUGGAUUGGUCAAGACGUUACAAGAUAAUAGGAGGGAUUGCCCGAGGAAUUAAAUAUCUUCACGAAAAUUCUCAACUUAAAAUUAUACAUCAUGACCUAAAAGCUAGCAGUAUAUUGCUAGAUGCAAAAAUGAACCCAAAAAUUUCGGAUUUUGGCAUGGCAAGGAUUCUUGAAGUUGAUCAAAGUCAAGGAGACACAAGUAAAAUUGUGGGGACAUAUGCCAUAUGGAGCGCUGCAUGGAUACGUUGGAGGGAUGGAAGGCCCUUGGAAUUGUUGGAUCCAGCUUUGGGAGAUUCUUAUUCGAGAGAGGAAGUCUUGAGAUGCAUCCAAAUUGGGUUGUUAUGUGUUCAGAAAGAUGCAGCUGACAGACCAACCAUGGCAUCAAUUCUGCACACACUCAAUAGCUACUCUGUCACUCUAGAAUCCAUUGAACAGCCGGCGUUUUUCCUUCUCACUAAAGCAGACCCGAACAUGCCUGCAAAGGAUAUGGCGUCUGGUCAGUCUCUUAGCAUGUCAAUGCCAUGGUCUAUCGAUGAAGUAUCCGUUCCCGAACCACACCCACGUUAG